GAAUUUCUUGAUUCGCAAUUGCUCUGCGGGUUGAGUACCCGCAAGUGCACGAAAUCGUGGUGCCUGUCGGAAUUUGGUGUGUUAGAGGCUUUGCAUCGCAUUCGACAUGUAAACAAUAGUCAAUGCGAUGUAUGAUACUUAUGUAGUCCGUCACACUUACAAAAUUGCGUACAGUUUAAGGUGGCAUGGAUCUCAUUCCCGUAAAAAUAAAAGUUCAUCAAGAAAUUUACCAUCAUAGUUAGUAAAUACGGCAUAAUGACGAAUUCUGCGUUACUUAACUAAUGUUUUAAAAUUUAUUAUACCUUGAGACAGUGUCGGCUGAGGAGAAUCACGAGAAUGAUCAAAGAAAAAUACGGCGAUUCGGACACAGCUACUAGUCCGGUCAUUCUCGAUUUAGAGAAUUGGAUGUCAGACCUUCCAGAAGAGUUGCAAAAUUUGCCGAUAAUAUGUCUGGCAAUACCAGGUACUCAUGACUCCGGAAGCAGCUCUAUUACUCGAAUGUCACCCAUUGCCCCGGAUUCAGGACCCCUUGUGCGGAGAUUGGGGAAGAUAUUUGGACCAAUUGUUAAAUUCCUGGUUUAUAACUGGGUUGUCACUCAGCAAACCUCUCUUACUGAACAACUGAAAUAUGGUAUCAGGUAUUUUGAUUUGCGAGUUGCAACAAAAAAGAACUGUAAGGAACUUUACUUUGUACAUGGUUUGUACGGCAGUGAGAUAAGUUCGCUGUUACAAGAAGUGCGUGCAUUUCUUGACACACAUCAAGGAGAAGUGGUGAUUCUUGACUUCCAACAUUUUUAUAAUUUCUCAAUUGAAGAUCAUAGUCAGCUUGUAUCACUUUUGGAUUGUGUCUUUAAUGGCAUGAUCUGUCCAGCUAUUAGUGAUGUGAAAAGUAUUAGUCUUUCUUGGAUGAUAGAGAAAGGGUUCCAAGUGAUUGUAAUAUACAGGGAUGCUGCAGGGCAAGGGUUUUGGCCAGCGCGGCGCUGGCCUACUCCCUGGCCAGAUACGACAUCCCCACAGAAGAUGCUUACCUUCCUCACAGAGACACUGAAUCGUCGUCCAGCAGGGUCUGGGUUUGUUAGUCAGUGUGUACUUACACCUAAUAUAAAGUUUGUACUGUGUAAUCCAUUAUCCACGUUGAAGAAAACGUGUGGUGAACCGUGCAACCGAGCUGUACUGCCUUGGAUAGAAAAACAGUGCCCUGGUCCUGCUGGAAUCAAUGUCAUAAUAGCUGACUUCGUACACACCAAAGGUUUCCCAUUCACAGAGACAGUUAUCCUGCUUAACCUCAGACUGUUGCGAAAUAAUCGAGAAUCUGAGAAGACCAACUACGAAAUGGAAAUUUAUAGCUCAGAAAAUUAAUAUUGCAGACAUGUGGGACAGCCGAAGUCAAGCACACAAAGAACUUUAAGGUAUAGCGUAUAUACUUGUCUGCCCCUAUAGAUAGAACUAAUAUUUAUCUUGAAAAGAAGCCACUGAUAUGCAAAAAAAUGGCUUUUCUUGAUCUUCGUAUGUAAAUAAGCACAAAUAAAGGUAUUAAUCUUCA